AUGGAACCAGAAUUGGCAAGUAUUGAAAAAAAGUAUCAACAAGAAUUAUCUGACUUGAGAACUGUUCAUAAAAGGGAAAUUGAGGACAUGGAAUUAAAGUCAGCAAAAAAAAUGCAACAACAAUGUGAAGAAAUUAAACAACAACUGAUGGAUGAAAGAGAAAAAGUUCUUACGUAUGAACGAAAUUUGAUGAGACAAAGGUGA